AUGAAAGCCACCAUUUUUAUACUUGCUUGUCUGUCUGUCUCGGGAGUUUUUGCAAGCCCCCUCGACAAGAGAGCAGACCGCGGAUCCGAGAAUGUCCCUGGUAUCGGCUCUCACAAGCAAGCCAUACUGAAUGCAGGUGGCAAUACUCUGGACCUUGCUAUCGCCAUGCUUGAAACCAAAACACUGACGACUGAUUAUACCUACGGUGACGGAAAGACCGAAGACGCAUCCAAUUUUGGUCUUUUCAAGCAGAACUGGGGAAUGCUUCGAGUGUGCGCAACCCGAUACGGACUGGCUGGCCAGCCGGAGAGCUCGUGGAAUAACGGGGCUCUACUCAACCAAAACGUCUACGCGGAUGUUGCCUCUCGCUGGGACUGCCAGAAUUAUUACGGAAUAGACCGAUGGUUCGCGGGGCACCGUUUUGGUGCAAGUGGGCUAGCAGAUCCUAACACAGCCGAUAUCAACAAUUAUAAGAAUGCUGUGUACUGGAUCCAGCAGCAGAUUGACAGUAACUCGGCUUACAAAUCCGACGAUACCAGGUUUUGGGUGGAUAUUACUCCUAUCUAA